AGCACAGGGCAGACGAUGCUGGACGCGAUGGAGGCGCCGGGCCACUCCAGACAGCUGCUGCUGCAGCUCAACAGCCAGCGCACCAAAGGCUUCCUUUGCGACGUGAUCAUCGUGGUGCAGAACGCGCUCUUCCGGGCCCACAAGAACGUGCUGGCGGCCAGCAGCGCCUACCUCAAGUCCUUGGUGGUGCACGACAACCUGCUUAACCUGGACCAUGACAUGGUCAGCCCCGCCGUCUUCCGCCUCGUCUUGGACUUCAUCUACACCGGCCGCCUGGCCGACGGCGCGGAGGGCGGCGCUGCGACCGCGGCCCCCGGGGCAGAGCCCAGCCUGGGCGCCGUGCUGGCCGCCGCCAGCUACCUGCAGAUCCCGGACCUUGUGUCCCUGUGCAAAAAGCGGCUCAAACGCCACGGCAAGUACUGCCACCUGCGCGGGGCCGGGGCCGGGGGAGGCUACGCACCCUACGGCAGGCCAGGCCGCGGCCUGCGGGCUACUACGCCAGUCAUUCAGGCCUGCUAUCCAGGCGGCGCGCCCUCCGGGCCUCCGCCGCCGCCGGCCUCGGCCGCCGAGCUGCCCCCGGGAGCCGAGGCUCCAGUCAACACCCACUGCGCCGAGUUGUACGCCUCGGGCCCCGCACCCCCGCAGCCACCGCCGCCGCCUCCUCCACCGCCGACGUCGCUGUGCGCUCCGGAGCGCCGCUGCUCCCCGCUUUGCGGCCUAGACCUGUCCAAGAAGAGUCCCCCGGGCUCCGCGGCUGGGCUCGAGAGGCCGCACCCCGGGGACCGCGAGCGGGAAGCGCCCUCGCGCCACGACAGCAGCCCUACUGGGGCAGCCUACAAGGAGCCGCCACUCUCUCUAGCCCUGCCUUUACCACUGCCGCUGCCCCUGCCCUUUCAGAAGAUGGAGGAGGCCGGGCCGCCCCUCGACCCGUUCCGACCCGGGGGCAGCCCCGGGCCUGAGCCCCCCGGCCGGCCCGACGGGCCCGCGCUACUCUACCGCUGGAUGAAGGCUGAACCGGGCCUGGGCAGCUACGGGGAUGAGCUCGGGCGGGCCCGUGGCUCCCCUGGGGAGCGUGGCGGGCUCGAAGAGCCUGCAGACGAGGGGGACUCUCCCGGGGGCCCACCGCUGCCCCUGCCACCGCCGCCCCGCUACCCGGGGGUGAGCCUGGACGGGCCCGGGCCCGACGCGGAUGACUACAAGAGCAGCAGUGAGGAGACCGGCAGCAGCGAGGAGCCGAGCCCGGGCGGGGGCCACCUGGCCCGCUACCACUGCCCUCACCUGGCCUACGGGGAGCCUGAGAGCUUCGGGGACAACCGCUACGUGUGCAUCCCGUGCGACAAGGGCUUCCCCAGCUCAGAGCAGCUCAACGCGCACGUCGAGGCGCACGUGGAGGAGGAGGAAGCGCUGUACGAGCGGGCAGAGGCUGCCGAAGAGGCGGCCGUGGGCGCCGCGGGCCUGGGGCCCCCUUUUGGCGGGGGCGGGGGCGGGGACAAGGGGCCCGGGGGCCCAGGGGGCCUGGGCGAGCUGCUGCGGCCCUACCGCUGCGCCUCGUGCGACAAGAGCUACAAGGACCCGGCCACCCUCCGGCAGCACGAGAAGACCCAUUGGCUGACGCGGCCUUACCCCUGCACCAUCUGCGGCAAGAAGUUCACGCAGCGCGGGACCAUGACCCGCCACAUGCGCAGCCACCUGGGCCUCAAGCCUUUUGCGUGUGACGCGUGCGGCAUGCGCUUCACUCGCCAGUACCGGCUCACGGAGCACAUGCGCAUCCACUCGGGGGAGAAGCCCUACGAGUGCCAGGUGUGCGGGGGCAAGUUCGCGCAGCAGCGCAACCUCAUCAGCCACAUGAAGAUGCACGCCGUGGGCGCGGGUGGCGGCGCGGCCGGGGCGCUGGCGGGC